AAAAAAAAUUUGAUGCGGUCACGCUUUUAAGAUUCUUAUUAUUGUUCUCUCGCACGUGUUCUAUUAAACAUUAAAAUGGCUUUCGGUCGUGGUCGUGGUGGUGCCGGAAGGGGUUUCCGCGGUGGAAACAGCGCUUCCAAUUUUAAGUCUAAUAGCAGUGGAUACAACAAAGGAUUUCGGGGCGGUCGUAAUGGAUUUGAUAAUGGUCCACCUGAAAGAGUUACUCAACUUGGUAAUUUUAUUUACUCUUGCCAAAAUGAUUUAGUAUGCAAAGUAGGAAUACAGGAUGUACCAUAUUUUAAUGCUCCCAUUUACCUUGAAAAUAAGGAGCAAAUUGGAAAAAUUGAUGAAAUUUUUGGAACAGUUCGUGAUUAUUCAGUCUCCAUUAAAUUAUCUGAGAAUGUUGUUGCAAACAGUUUCAAACAAAAUCAACCUUUAUUCAUCGACCCUGGAAAGCUUUUACCGAUAGCAAGAUUUUUACCUAAGCCACCACCCCCAAAGGGACAGAAGAAAAAAUCGGCAUUAUUAAAUCGGUCAACAAAUAAUUUGGGUCAAAAAAGCUUUUCGUUUCGAGGUCCAUCAGGUGGACGCGGAGGACGUAACAGCUAUGGAAACGGUGGGUUCAGAGGGAAUGGUCGAGGCAAAGGAAGGGGUAUUUCCGGUGGAAACAGUCGAGGACGUUGGUAAAAUUAAAUUUGUAUAAUUAUACAAUAAAAUAAAAACAAUAAAAUAUAUAGUUUUUAUAAAAAAAAAA